CUCAACACAUUUAUUAAACAUGUCGUAUUACAGUUGAGAUUAAUUAUAGCCUGGUCUGAUUGUUUAAUUGACUCAGAUUUGGAUCGGAUCGGCCUGUACAGUCAUGGAUCAUCCAGAAACGGACGAGUCUGGCGAAGGCGCUGACGCGAGCACCGCGAUGCUCAGGUCUCAGCCUGGACACAGUGGCACCAGAGCCAGAGCCAGUUCACGCUCUCUGGAUACAGCUGUUAACUUUAAAGGAUCUGAAGAUAACGGAAGCACCGCGAUGCACAGGUCUCAGCCUGGACGCAGUGGCACCAGAGCCAGAGCCAGUUCACGCUCUCUGGAUACAGCUGUUAACUUUAAAGGCUCUAUAGAUAACAUAAGCACGCUGCUGAAGCGGACCAUGUCUCAGAGGUCCACCGCGAGUGUUUCUUCAUUCCGCUCAGCACCUGAGUGCCAACUUCCCUACGGUUAUAACGAGGACCGGCCGAGGUCUCCGAGUCAGGAGUCGGAUUCAUCUGAGGUCUUUUCUUUUGAUCCAAAGGACUUGUGCAGGAAGAGCGAUCGGUCGAUGGCCAGAACUCAGAGUUCUAGUGGGUCAGAUCCAAGGUCACCCUCACAAGUGACUAGCAGAGACUCUGGGAUAACUGGCUCAUCAGGCCUCACCGCUUCAUCCAUGAGUAGAGAAAUGUGGCUGAGUUCUCAGUACGCAGGGCCGGACGACGUGCCCUGCCACAUGUGCCGUGGACAGAAGCUAAAAGCCUUGAAGUCGUGCUUGACUUGCGUUCGUUCCUUCUGCGAGAUUCACGCGAGGGCUCACUACGUAUCUCAAGAGCUGGAACAACACCAGCUGGUGGAGGUGACCGAAGAUCUGGACAUAUAUAAGGAGAAUGCUCAGCUGAAGGAGAUGAUCAAUAAAAUGCACGAGGAGAACCGGGCGCUGAGAGAGGAACUGAGGUCCUUGAGAAUGAGCAGCAGCACACCGAGUCUUCCUGCUUGCAUCUGCAAAGGAAAAACACCCACGGCAGCCGAUGUGAUUUUGGAUCCUGAGACGGCUCACCGCGCACUCGUUCUCUCCGAGGACGGUAAACGAAUGCGAUUGGGCCAAAAACGUAAAGUCCAGCCCGGGCCUCAGAGGUUCGACAGGUGGGAGUGUGUGCUCGCUAAAACCGGCUUCAGCUCCGGGCGACAUUACUGGCAGGUGGAGGUGAAUAAGGAGUUUACGAUCGGUGUGAUGAAGAGUUCAGCGAAGAGGAACGGGCGCUUCGACUUCGCUCCCUCAGCGGGCUACUGGUGCAUCUUCCACUUCUGGCUCUCGUUCACGGCCCUGGAAGUUCACGCGGUCCGACUUCCCUCCGACUCCGUGCCCCGAGUGUUAGGCGUGUGUGUGGACGUGGACGAGAGGUGGUUGAAGUUCUACAACGUCGAGAACAAAGAUGAAAUCUACACCUUCAAAGACAUGAGGCUGGCACCUGGAGAGAUGAUCUACCCCAUCUUCCGCACACUGGAGAAAUCCAUGGAACUUCAGAUUAACACAGUGAGCUGA